AUGAGUUGUUCUGAUUUUAUAACCCGAGCUUCACAGUGUAACGGGCCAAUGUUAUCAAUCAAUGUCUUAAAUCGACCGGAUCGUGCUCAUCCGAUGGGUCCUAUUGAUAUGAGGUUAAUUUCUUAUUACAUAAGGAGAGAAGUUGAAAAUUCGGAGAAAGUACAAGAUAGGAUUCAGGAAGGAUUUGAUACUCAAGCCUCUGUGAGCAGUUCGAAACAAAGUGAGGUGAAAUCAUUGGACAUCGGGAGCCCUAUCCGCAGGCACGGUGAUAGUCUCAUGAUUCAUAUCAGUUGCAACAAUGAGAUUGAUAAGGUGACACGUCAGAUCAUUUUUGCUGAACUUUCAUCAAAUCCGUUGGAACUUCAACACGCAGAUGAUAUCUUGGAUUUAACAACUCAAGAAAAGAUAUCAGAGGAGUUUCAAAGUACCUUCCCCUCUAGCCUGCAGAAGUCAACAUCAUUAAAACUGAAAGAUGGGUCAUGGAUUUCAAAAUUACCACCUCAAGAGAAGGUUUCAGAGGAUGUAUCAGAGCCACCAUUUUCAAGUGUAGUGCAGUCAAAUUCAUUGAAAAAGAAGAAUGUUUUAAAAGAGGUUUCAGAGAUAGGAACUGAAGAGGAGAUUUCUGGGAAUGUUCAAGAUCCAUCAACCUCACGAGUAGUGCAUUCAAACCCAUCUAACAAGGAGAAUAGACAAGGUCCAAAGAAUUUCAGAGAUUUUCUAACUAUACCAAUAUCAGACCAGACUUCAACUUCAGAGGAAGUGCCAAAAUUCUUGACCUCCAGUGUAGAGCAUCCAAAGCUGUUAAGGCCCUCCAAAGGAAUCGAUGUGAGAAAUAUCCCAAGCUCUGUGAAAGAGUAUCUAAACAUAUCGACCUACUACGAAGAUCUACCAGAUGAUUUAAAAGAAACUCAUGAAAUCUUCAAGACAAUGAUAACAAACACCAAUAAUCUACAUCAAUUUUUUUCGCAAAGGUGUUUCAGGAAAAAGAAAUCCUGGUCUACAUAUCUAGGAGAGCGUUCAGGUCCAUUAAGACCCUAUAAGAAGUUCAUGCAAAACAUGAGUACUGUCAUGCGUGAAACACCCGAUGAAAAUAUGUCAAACUCAUUGAUUGCAGUGGAACACCUUCACCUGAAUGGGUUCGAAAGAGGUUCAAUACUUUAUUCAACCAAGUUCAUGCGGCAUAAAAAAGCUAUCAUCGAUUCCUUGGGAUUAUUUUGUGAAGUCCUCAAAGACAAGAAGUUAGUGUAUCUGAAUAGACUUCGGGCUAUAGGCAUCAUCCAAUAUUACAAGAACCAUUUUCCACUAGGCUCAGGGACCCUUGAGACUGAAUUCAGCCAUCAUGCCUUAAGCUUUCAGACUGCUUUAGAGCUCUUCUUCACACGUGACCAUGAAGAAGCUGUGGAAGCCAAGAUGUUACCCCCAUCUACCAUGUCGCAUAAGGAGAUUGGCUUUAGUAUUAGAGAAUGCUUUGCCCGUGCCUCUUUCAUGUCACGCCAUGAAGAGUGUAUAAAAGAAGGCCUUUUGAGUGAUCAUCCCCAAGGAAUUCAUGUUAUGAUAUUGAGGUUCUUGUUGGGCAGCUGGCUUGCUAUAGAUGGAGAAACCGUUCAAAAGUUCAUAUCAGAGCUUGCAGGCCUGAUUAUUGGAAACACGCUGACUAACAAAGAAACAAAUUAUGCUAUUGCUGUUGUAUGCCAUUUAUGGAAAAUGCCUAUCUACAAAGAAUAUAUUUACGAGUGGCUAGACGUGGAUCAGUUCUAUACAAAUUUUUUCAAGCCAAAAGCACAAGAAGCGAUUAAAUUGUUUUUGGACGAAAAAGACAAACACCUCAAAAAGGGUAAAAAGGCAUACGUAAUUGUCAUAGACCUCUUAGAGGAUAAUGUAUCAUCAAGCAAUGGCUUGGUUUUAACACUCUUAGAUGAAAUCAAAUCCGACUCGCUUAGCAUGAAUGAAAAAGAAGAAUUACUUCAUCUGCUCAACGCAAAGUUUGUACUUCAACCAGACUUGAGGCCUAUUUUGUUUGAAAAAAUGUAUCAUGAUGAAAUUGAUCUCCAUGUGGCAGAAGUCUGGAUUCGCAUUGGUUCUCAACAGCAAUUGGUUCAGACCCCUUUGGACGACCUUGAUACAAUAGCGUUCAGAAUACUACUAAGCGCAAAACUACAAGCUCUAGAAAAUGAAAAUAUGAAAUUUAAGGUGUCAUAA